AUGUCAGCAACCGGUUGCUUUGGAUCGCUUUGCAUGCGCAAUCUCAAACACGUCAAGCUCAUCAAGAGCUGUUAUCCUCGACGAGAGGGUGAGAAAGGACCACGGUCAUCAGAACUCAGCUAUCUCACCUUUUAUGCAAGCUCACGACCUGCCAAGCUCACCAAAGUGGGUCGUUAUCUUCAAUACAAAGUUGAACGAGACAUCUACAAGGGCCGUAAGCAAAACAAUCAAGUAUCAUUAUCCAUCAUCAAGGCAUUGAUUCAAUCAUGUCACCAUGAUCUCAACCUGUUUUCAAAGUGGGUCGUUCGCAUCCUCAACAAGACCUUGGAUACCCGAGACAGUGAUUUGGUUGAACUUUCAUGUGAAACUUUUGUUAUCUUUUGCAACUACCAUGAUGGAUCAACUCUCGGCAUCGACCCUGGAUUCACAUCAGACUUUGAAGCAUUACUCCAAAAGUUUGCCGAUUUUUGUAAUUAUGCCAAUGAAGAUGAAGAUUAUGCAUUGAGAAUGCAGUACAUUGGACAUCGUGGCCUUCAAGCAGCUGUUACAUCGUCUGCAGUACAUGCCAGUGAUUUUUCGACUCAGCUUGACAUCAUUCUUCCUGCUCUUCUUCAGACGUUGAUCGUUUCCGGGGAAGCUGGUAGUCGUUUGGAAAAGACUGAGACGAUAGCUACCAAGGAAGGAGAAGGUGGAUUGACACGAGGUGCAAUUGAAGCAUUGGCUGCCCAAAGUACGGGUAUUUUGUUCUCAAAGUCAAAUGGUGCUGCUGUUCGGAUGGCGUUGGGUUUAGUCUACACGUUUGCCGAUGACAAUGGACAAUGGUGGCCUCCAGACAGGGUUGUCAGCACGAUGGAGCUCAUUCUCGACUCUGUACAACAACAAUAUCGAUACCUUUUGGUUUCAGAGACAUUACAACAAUUGGAAAUCAGCAACACGUUGGAGCGCAGCUACUUCAAUGACAAGCAUUCAUGUCUUAUAUCAGUGCUCGAUACCGUUUUGAAUGCCGAUAAUGCUCCUCUGGUUGGUGUAUCCGUAUUGGAGGUCCUCAAUGUAUUGUUCACGCUGCUAGUCAAAUCGUUGCAUGUCACAUCAUUUCGACAAGAGCUACCAGCGGAUCAAAAUGACCGACAAGCCGUUUUCGAAUACGUGAUUCAUCAAGGAAUUAUCCACAGCAUUGGUGGUCUCGCAUCCCAAAACUAUUAUCAGAAUCAGCUUGACGACAUGGCAGGAUACAUUAUUGCCAAAUUGCGUGCCAGCACAACUCUUGAACAUGUGGAUGGGUUGCCAAUUCAGGUGUAUCGUCGUGUUGCUCUGAUUUGUCUUGAUCAGCUUGUUGGCGCUGAACAUACAUCAGCUGUUGUUGUGGAUACUCCUAGUGGCCGCUCGAUAUCUUCAACAGGUUUAUCUACACCACCCGAGAAUAUCAUCUCUGCAGCAAGUUGGACAUCGGCUGUAUCUUUGUUGACCGAUAAGCAACCAGAAACGCGACUUGAUUUUGCCAGAUCUCUUAUUCGCUAUCUCGAUAUUACAGCACCAUCUCCUGAAGCAAUAUCAGGCCCCUAUCCUGUGCAUUUGCUUACCCAACAUACCGAUGUGGUCUUUGUCAACUCGUUACACCAUACCAUUAUCAGCGGGGUACAGAAAGAAGACUUCCAAGCUGGUGAUUCCCAAGCACUUUACCUCAUUUUGUGUUCUCUCACUCGCCGAUUUACUGUGGAUGCAGCGAUAAGAACCGUACCACUCAUUUUCAAGCUUCAAGAUAUGGUCAAGGAUGGAUCCAUCAAGAACGUGACAAUUCAGCGAGCAGUGAUAGCAUCCAUUGUAGAAUGGCUCGGCAUGAUAGCUGAGUAUUUUCACAUUGAGAACCUUGGCGAGUACAUUACCAGGAUUCGACAACAGCUACAAGAAGCCAACGCAUGGACAUCCACCAUAUUCUCUGGACAGCUGCCAUCAACGGCCGAAGCCAAAUUCUCAACCGAUGACGCCAACAACCCUACACCCGUUACUGUUUAUGUGGAUCGGCAUGUCGUAGUGGAGCAGCUUACGAAUGAAGGGCAACUGCGUGAUAAGCAUGAUACCCAUGGCUUGGAACUGGAAAGCAAGUUGUACGUGGAGUGGGGCUCACAAGCAUUUGCAAAUCAUGAGCGAUCCCUCCGAAUUCGUGCAUCACAAGACAUCCCAGACCAUAAGCCAAAGUUGGCAAAUCCAUGGACGUCUCCAGAACCAAAAUGUAUCCCAGGUGUCAAGAAAGAAACCAUCAACGUGGAAAACUUGAAGGAGGCAUUGGUUGCUCCUCCACAACAACAACAGCAAUCUGGUAGCAGUAGCAACGGUAGCGUGGCAACCUCGGUCCCAACGGACGCUGGUGGUGCUGGUGCCGGUGCCAGUCGACGUUCAUCACUCCGAAAAAAUGAUGUCAAUGCUUUCCUUCAUGAACUUCAACUGGAGCAGAAUAUGCAUAGUACCCAUUCACUCGUCAAUCCACCUUACAAUGACUGGAAAUGA